AUGAUGAUUCGCAUUUUGGUUGUGUUUAUCUUGUAUAUCAACACAGUGUUGAGCACAGACGGAAAAGUAAGAGUGUGCCCACCUGCUCCCGCAGUGCAAUGCACAAGCCAAGGAUGUGAAGUCUUCAAUUGCCAGGGCAUGUGGGCGACUAGCGUGGCAUGGCCUACUUCAGAGCCCCUACUCCUCCGUGCUGUUGCCCACGCUGUUCAAAACAACCAGAAAAUCAGAGUCGUGAGCAAACAUGUUCACAGCGUCUCAAAGCUCGUCUCCGGCGUUAUUUCCACCGGAGCCCACGGCAGCAGUUUCGUCGGGAAAGGCAGCGGAGUUUAUGAAUACGUGGUGGGAAUGAGAAUCGUAGUGCCUGCAUCUCCUUCCCAAGGCUACGCAAAGAUCAUAACUUUGACAGAAGCAGAUGAAGAUCUGAAGGCCGCAAAAUUGGCUCUAGGAACGCCGGGAGCAAUUUCAGAGAUAACAUUCGCCUUGCAGCCCAUGUUUAAAAGAUCGGUUUUCGUCUCAGUGAAAGAUGAUUACGAUUUGGAAAAUGAAGCAGAGAGUUUCCUAAGAGAUCACACAUUUGGUGAUAUAAGAUGGCUUCCUUCACAUCGGAAGGCCGUUUUUCUAGCCAUAGAUCGAGUUCCUGUUGACGCUGCAGGAGACGGCUGCAACUCAAUGCUUGGUAAUCCCACCACAGUUGCUGACAUUGAAACAAGUGCUUAUCAAAUCGAUUCAAUCCAGGCAGAAGCAGACGUGGAUGCAAUUUGCAACCUUAUUGGAAACGGAACAAUUCAAGCUGCGGCGAAUGGUCAGGGGUUUUUGAAUGACGGGAAGCGCUUUACAGGCUACCCAGUUGUUGGUUUCAAUCAUCGCAUGCAGACAUCUGGGAAAUGCGAACAAGUCCCUGACCAAAAAGAUGAGAGCUGUACUCCCACCCGAAUUUUAGAUAAAAAUGCGACCACAUGUAGCUGGGACCCUCGCGUGCACACGGCUUCUAACUUUGACGUGGAACUGAGAGUGCCUUUGUCUCGAUUCCGAGAAGCCAUUUUGGAUGUAAAGAAAAUAAGAGAUUUGAAUCCCCAAAGGAUGUGUGACCUAGAUAAUAUAUAUAUUCGGUCUAUUAAGAAGUCGGAGGUGUACCUGGGACCGGCUGAGGAUCAGGUGACGAUGGAGCUCCUAACUUAUCGACCGAGAGAAGCGGGUACGCCCAAGUGGAAUGAAGAUGUGUAUGAAGAGAUAGAGCAGAUGGUGAUCGACAAGCAUGGAGGGGGACUGCAUUGGGCAAAGUCUGGAGGUUACCUGUUCGGAGGGUUGGUCAAACGAACGGUGAACCUGGAAGGAUUUUUGAAGGUGAAGGAGAGGUUUGAUCCGAAGGGAGUGUUUUCCAAUGAUUGGACGGACGGCUUGUUUGGAAUUGGAGGGAAAGGUGUGGAGGAGUUUAGAGAUGGAUGUGCAUUGGACAAGAUGUGUAAAUGCAGAGAGGAUAGGCAUUGCGCUCCAGACAAAGGGUUUUUCUGCAAGCCAGGGAGCGUAUGGGAUUAUGCCCGCGUUUGUAGGAAUAUCAACUAA